AUGUAUGCUAGUAAUGAAGAGUGCAUAUUCGAUGGGAAAAUAGGCAUUUUCCCUUUUACAAAAAAGGUUCCAGCCCAAAGAAGUUCAAAGAAUAGAGCAGCUAGGACAAUGGUUACAAAACCAUUAGAAUCCAUCACAAAGGAAGUCACAAAGGAGCUUUUAAUCAACAAGGAUAAUGCAAAGCCGCACAUCAAUAACUCUGAUCUAGAUUUCAGACGGGCAGCAAGUGCCGAUGGAUGGAAUAUGAAUUUGGUGUUUCAACCACCAAACAGCCCAGACACAAAUGUGAAUGACUUGGGAUGGUUCUGGGCACUACAAUCUUUACAAAUUACACAGUCAGGUACCACAGUUGAUGACAUACUUGGAGCAGUUCACAAAUCAUUUGAGCAGCUAUCACAUACAGCUCUAAACUCAGUAUUUCUAAGUUUACAAGCAUGUCUUGGUGAGAUAAUGGCUAAUUUUGGAUCAAACAAUUAUAAGAUCCCUCACCUAGGAAAAGAGUCUUUGAGAAGGUCAGGGAAUCUCCCGGAAGACAUUGAAGUUGACCAUGAGAUGAUCAAAGCAUGUAUUGAUCAUUUGAUGGAGUUAAAUGAAGUGGAAGGCCUGAAGGACUUUAUAACUUCUCUAGAGGAGUUUUAG